UUUCAAUGGGAUGUCGGUGAACUUGUACUUAUGACGGUUUCAUGAAACGCUGCCCUGAUUACUGUGCUGGGAACCAAAAUCAUUUCAUGCCACUUCAUGCGAUAUACCUGAGCUGUUUUGUUGGUGUUGCCGCUGUUAGGAUCCGAUAAGUGAUCACAACCGAAACCAUGAAGAUCUGUACCAUCGUAACUGCUCUGCUCCUUGGCAUCACUGGAGAGGCAACUGCCCAUAAAGACUUUCGAGGUGAUCUGUACGAAACCUUGUUUUCGAACUACACCAAGAGUUUUCUACCCCACCCUGAUGAGUCACACAACGUGAAUAUAUCAAUAGAUCUCGAGCUCUUACAAAAACUGGAUUUAUUUCAAGGGACUAUGCACAUGAACGUUUGGCGAACAUUGGUGUAUAAAGAUGAACGUUUGACUUGGAACCCAGCAGAUUUUGGUAAUAUUCGCAGAUUCCACGUCUCCUCCUCAGUAGUCUGGGUUCCUGACAUCAGUAUCUGGAACAGUGCUUCCAAUGAGCCCAGCAUCGAUCAUUCCGAGGCCAUCAUCUACCCUGACGGGACCAUCUACCUGGUCGUACCGAUGUUCGUCGACGCUUCGUGCGGACUCGAUCUCAGUGACUUUCCCUACGAUUCUCACAACUGCAGCCUCACUUUUGGUUCUUGGAUCAACGACAACUCGCGGAUAGUCUUUGACACGAGGUCAACCGGUGUGGGUCUGAGUCAUUUCUCGGAUAACCCGAUGUGGCACAUCGUAGAAACAUCGGUGCAGAAACACGCGAUCGUUUACGCCUGCUGCGAGGAGGUGUACGAAGAUGUCACGUUCUACAUCACGAUCAGCCGCCGGGAGAGCCACGGUCGCAUCGGUCCCGCCGUUGUCAGCGUCUGGUUGAUUCUCGCCGUCUUCCUCAUGCAGCCGUCGAAGGGAGGAGAACGUAUCAUCUUCGCAGGCCUGGUAUUUGUGUCGCUCAUCGUCCUCAAUGCGGCUCUCAGCGCCGAGGUGCCGGCGUACUCUGUGACCAGGCUGGGGAGGUUCCUUCUGGCUGGGAUGUUGAUUAACAGCAUCGUCGUCGUCAUCAACGCCAUCAUCUACCGGUUCUACCCCGCAGAGCAGCAAGGGACGACGAAGUCCAGCUUCAGUGCGCCCCGUGUCUUCUUCCUCCUCGACGUCGCAGUCGCUCUCAUUCUCUUCGUUGUCCUCACUAUCUUAACCGGCGCUCUAUUUUCCUAACGACAUCAUCGUGAACCGGAUAAAAUCAUUGUAUUUUUAUGAAAAAUAAAUGAGGUUUAAACAACUCCAGAUUUGGAAUAUUGGACUUUAAUGUGCUUAAUUAUAUAAGACAGGUAUACUUCAUAGAAGUUAGAGGCCUGCAAAAUUAUGUGUGAUCAUUGCAUGCAGUGUCAUUUCAUUAACAGGAAAUUUGGUCUUUUAUUAUCUUUUUUU